GUAUUAUGCAGAAGUGAUGCGUCGAUUUCCCCAAGCAGAACUCAAACGCACUUGACGUUUCUACUCGGAGAAUCAAAGAGACCCACCGGAAGCAAUCUUAGAGGCUUAUCCGUGUUGACGAUUCGCACUCCGUAUUGUGUUUAUCAUCGAAACAAAGUUCCUUUUUAUUUUUACGUUUGGACUUUUGAAGGAAACAUGCCUAAAGUUGUUUCAAGAAGCGUUGUAUGUUCGGAUACCAGAGACAGGGAAGAAUACGACGAUGGGGAAAAACCACUUCACGUCUACUACUGUCUGUGUGGUCAAAUGGUUUUGGUACUGGAUUGUCAAUUGGAAAAACUCCCCAUGCGGCCCAAGGAUAAAGCCAGAGUCAUUGAUGCAGCCAAACAUGCCCACAAGUUUUGCAACGUGGAGGACGACGAAAACGUCUAUAUAAAGCGACAAGAUGGCAUCGAGCGACAGUUCCGCAAAAAGUGUGGUAAAUGUGGGCUUGUACUUUUCUACCAGCAUCAGAUGAAGAGCACUCCUGUCACGUUCAUUGUAGACGAAGCUGUUGUAAAGUUCGGCUCGGGAUACGGGAACACGAGUGUCUACAGCCAAAAGCCAGUUGAGGCGCCUAAAAAGGUCCGGGUCAUGAUGACGAAGCGGACCAAAGACAUGGGCAAGUUCAGCUCAGUCACAGUGUCCACCAUCGAUGAGGAAGAAGAGGAGAUUGAGGCAAGAGAGGUUGCAGACUCUUACGCCCAAAAUGCCAAAGUGAUUGAGAAGCAGUUGGAGAGAAAGGGAAUGAGCAAGAAACGACUUCAAGAGCUGGCUGAACUGGAGGCAAAGACAGCAAAGAACAAAGGCACGCUUAUUGACAACCAGUUUAAGUAGUGCCAGAAGAAGUGACACUUUUUUUACCCGUCAAACACAUUUGGACUAUUGUCACACAUGACCUUUUUCAGUACCCCUAAAGAAGAAGGUCCCGUGAAGUGACACAGAUGAAUGAUUGACAUUUGGCUGCAAUUGUUUUAAUGCUUACAAGUUCUUAUUUUGCAAAUGUGAAGUCCAACGUUAAAGGAAAUAUGCUGAUAAUUAAAUUGUCCAAAAUGCAUUUUACCCUAGAAAAUCAUUAUGGUUAUUUUGUUUCAUUGUACGUAUUGUUUAUUUGGGGUUCCUUUAAACAAUCUGGCCACCCCUGGCCAGAUGGACAAUUUACAAUUAUCUUCAAGUGAAGAUAAGUUAACCGGUCAUCUUUAUGGUGCAAAGUUAAACUGAAGCAUUUUUCUUUUAUGGGUUGUUUCUGUCUCAAAUGUUUAGUUUAAAAAAUAAACAGUGCCCAAAGUCCCUUUCAGCAAGUAAUUUAUUUCUCCUCAGGCAACCAUAACAUCUUGCAAGCUAUUACCAGCUAUAAGAGUAUUUCAUUUUUUGUAAUUUCCCCCCAUUGUUGUGGCAGAACACAAUAAUGGGGAGUCUUGAUCAGAAGCAUUCUUCAGACUCCUGCUUGAACCUCAAUCAUGAAGUGGACAUCAUCUGUGGACUGUAGUGGCCAUCCGACACCACAACACUUCCUAUCGUGGAAUGAAAUGCUCAAAUUGAACGUUGGCCUCUAGAUUUGAUAAUUGGUCUCAUUCUUCCUUCCACCUGCUCAAGAUUUCCUGAAUGCAUAUCUUAAUUGUAUGCUCUUUUAGGUUCUCUGCUUGCCCUGUUCCGGCCCCUGAAUCCGUGGCCAUCUUUUAAAAAAAGUUCAGGAAUUAAUACAAAUUCAGGUUGGUUAUAAGGAUACUUCUCUGCCCCACUUGCUCACACUGUGCUCCUAUCCAGAAAGUUUUUUGCAGACAUGUCAUAAUUAAGGACAUCGAGUUUUAAAAUACUGAAUUUCUGACCGGCACAUUGUAUAGCAGGGGUCUUAAUUAGAAAAAAAAGAAAAAUGUUCAACUGAAGUGUGACUAUUUGAGUGGUAUUUAAUAUGGGAGCUAAUUUGCAAUGUCUAUAUUUAACUGCGCCUCCUAUUGUGUCCUUGCGAACCAACAAGGGUUCUCACACCACUGUGUCUCUGGUCUGUAAUUAUUUAUUAUAAAUUAAAGGAACAUUGCAACAGAGGC